UACUUCUGUAAAUAUAUUUCUUAAAAGAAUUACAAUCCCAGUUAGACUCGGUCUCAUGUUUGGUUGCUCAUAUGUUUCACAAUCUUUCAAACAAAAUAUUAGAGUUAGACUAUCGUCUAGCGUUUGAAAUAACUUAUUUUUAGUGAGGAUCUAUAGUCACACAAAUAUCUGGUGCAUAAACCAUUGGCUGAUUUGUCAUGAAAGAGCUCAUAGUAAACAGACAAAUAAAACAAAACAAUGAAAGAAAUCAGAAAUAAGAAUAAUGUGACUUGACAUAUUCAGUGUACACUACAACUUAGCUUAAACUUUGUCACAUGCAAGAGCUCUUAUAAGACUUUCUACAAACGUGAAAACAUUUACGCCAACAACAAAUUCUUCCUAUACAUACCCCCGCGCCAUCCCAUGUAGCCCUCACAUUCAACACAGCAAAAAUAUUACUCUCCAAUAAGCUAACUUCAUACAAUCUUCUAUUACGGCACUGAUAAUCUAGUCUAGCAUAUCGACCGGGCUUUCACGUAAUCACAUGGACGCUGGUUGUUGACAUGGACAACUACAAAAGAAAUCCACUAAAACCAUGGAAAGGGGUCCUGCUGGAGGAAAAGGUGGCCCACAGAACGCACAAUGUGAAUACCGAGGUGUUCGACAAAGAACAUGGGGCAAAUGGGUGGCAGAAAUCAGAGAGCCAAAGAAGAGAACUAGGAUGUGGUUAGGAUCUUUUGCUACAGCUGAACAAGCUGCCAUGGCUUAUGAUGAAGCAGCUAGGAGAUUCUAUGGACCAGAUGCUUACCUUAAUUUACCCCACAUGAGAGCUAAUUUCAAUCCAUUGAACAAAUCAAAAAGUUCAAAUGGUUUUCUUCAAGCAACGUCUUCACUAAUAGCACUGGCGUGCUCAACUUAUGUGCUCAGCCUAAUGUUCAUGUAAUUCACCAAAA